UUCACUGGAUAAAUUCUAUGCGUGUCCGAAUUACGUCCGCCUUGCUCUGAUGUCAUGCUGACGUGUGCCAAAAAACUCUCGCGACGGCGAGGCGGCUGUGUCGGAUUGAGCAGUCGCACUGACAUCCCCCUUCAGCGGGGAGUCCGCGCGCACCUGGCAACCGCAGAGCCAGCGCUGGCGCUCAGCAGCAGCGAGAGUCUGAGGCGCCGUUACUGCCAACCGAAGCUGGCUGUCCUGUCCCGCCUUAUGACCGUUUAACCCCCUCGCUUCUAAACUUAACCGAAUGGGGUGCGGAAAGCCCGUCGGUUCGCUGCAGUAGUCGCGUGUGUUGAGUGUCCAGCGUGAAUCCAGUGUCCGAAGGGUCAAUCUGCCUCACUGCAGUGCAGCCGCUGCUGGAGUCAAACAGAUCCACAAUGGCGACUCCCAGUCCUAGCACCAAUUCACCAACUAGCGCUGCGGGAUCCGCCUUACACACGCAACACUUAACGACAAUGAGCAACAUGCAGGAUUCCAGCACUUGCUGGAGGUGUCAGAAUGAAACCGGAUUUCAGAUCAAUCUGUCUGGAGUAACCCAAAGCAAACGCAAAGCACUUAAGUUAAACUUUGCGAAUCCGCCAGUCAAACCGACCGCACGACUCCCCAUCACAACAGCUAACCCUCCGUUCCAGAAUCCACACAUAGAGCGGCUGCGGACGCACAGCAUCGAGUCUUCAGGGAAGCUGAAGAUUUCUCCAGAGCAACAUUGUGACUUCACAGCCGAGGACCUCAAGGACCUGGGAGAGAUCGGGAGAGGAGCGUACGGAUCUGUCAACAAUAUGGUGCACAAACCCAGUGGACAGAUCAUGGCUGUCAAGCGGAUUCGCUCCACGGUGGAUGAGAAGGAGCAGAAACAGCUUCUGAUGGAUUUAGAUGUAGUGAUGAGGAGCAGCGACUGCCCGUAUAUUGUCCAGUUCUACGGAGCCCUGUUCAGAGAGGGCGACUGCUGGAUAUGUAUGGAACUAAUGUCUACCUCCCUCGACAAAUUCUACAAAUAUGUAUAUUGUGCAUUAGAUGAUGUGAUUCCAGAGGAAAUAUUAGGCAAAAUUACAUUAGCAACUGUGAAAGCACUGAAUCACUUGAAAGAAAACUUGAAAAUAAUCCACAGAGACAUCAAACCCUCCAACAUUCUCCUGGAUAGAAACGGCAACAUUAAGCUGUGUGAUUUUGGCAUCAGCGGGCAGCUGGUCGACUCCAUCGCCAAGACCAGAGAUGCUGGCUGUAGACCGUACAUGGCUCCUGAACGGAUCGACCCCAGUGCCUCCAGACAGGGCUAUGACGUCCGCUCGGAUGUGUGGAGUUUGGGAAUCACGCUGUACGAGCUGGCGACGGGGCGCUUCCCGUACCCCAAAUGGAACAGCGUGUUUGAUCAGCUGACGCAGGUGGUGAAGGGAGAUCCGCCGCAGCUCAGCAACUCCGAGGAGAGACAGUUUUCACCCAAAUUCAUCCAGUUUGUCAAUCUAUGCCUUACAAAGGACGAGUCAAAAAGGCCAAAGUACAGAGAACUGCUGAAGCAUCCGUUCAUCCUGAUGUACGAGGAGCGGAUCGUGGACGUGGCCAGUUACGUGUGCAAGAUUCUGGAUGAAAUGCCGGUAUCUCCCGGCUCGCCUAUGUAUGUCGACUGAUGGUGAGCGGCCUGUUGGGAACACAAGACGGUCCGGCCACCAUUUGGUGUACAUACAGCGCCUCACACGAAACACAUGGCCCUUCACCAACUCUCAUUUCACCGCAUUUACCGCAGCACAUCCUACUCGCAACGUUUGACGCUUUAGUUUGAGUGAAACUCUAUUUCAAAGUGCCACAUUAAAAUGCUUGUGCCACUGUUUGUGCCGUAAUGUGGCUUCGCUUCUGUACGCAGUCGGAGAACAAACGUUGGGCGUAGGAUUUGCUCUCGUUUGUGAAAUGCAAGUCCUGGUUAAGGGUCUGAGUAUUUCUGCUAAACACCGUAAUUGUACCUUCACUUCAGUGUGAACACAUGAUUGCGUUCAAAGAGAAAUACUUCCCCAAAAACAUAUUGUGCAAUAAGAAUCGGCUCUCAUUUAAAAGCCAUUUACAUCAUGGUGUGUAACCAAGCUUCAGAUUUAGCAAAACAACCUUCUGAGUUCAUUGCAUCAUGCUACAUUUGUAUGUAUGUAUGUAUGUGUAUGUGUGUGGGGAAUCAUUUCGAAAUAUAAAUAAGCAAAACUUGAAUUUGCUCAUUUAAGACAAAGACCAUCAGAGAAGUUGAUGUGCUUACCAAAAUGAAUCAUAAGCGGAGGAAAAAGCAUCCAUACUGGUGUUUUUCUUUGUACGUGUACAGACACAUCACGUCACUCUCUCUUUAUUUAAUGAAACGGUAUGCAAAGGUGUUGUUCUGCAUCAUGACGUGUGUUAAAGUAGCUUUACUCGCUCAGUAUGCAAUAUAAUGUCACAAUGAUCCAAAUGGUUUAUACUUUAUCAAAGAGAAUUCAGUCUGGUGUCUGAAUGCAGGCGCUGCUCGUCACUGUAAAUGUGUAUUUAUACAGACUCCACGUCGUCAAAUCGGAAGAUUCGCAGAUUUCCCACAAGCUCACUUUCAGCAUGUUUUUAGAGGAUCUGGCACGAGUUUGGUUGGUUCGUGUGGGAUACGGCUGAUAAUUCAUUCACAGGUCGCUCAUUUUUAAAAGAUGCACAGCGUUCAUCAAACAUCGGUCUGAUUGUAUAAUAAUAUGGUGCCGGAUAGCGUUCAGAGAAAUCUUCUCAAAUGCAGUUUAAGAAAUAAUAGUGGCACAUCACGAAUGCGGGGUGAAAUAAUUUCAAGGGCGACGUGUAUUAUUAUAUUGUAUCAAGAGAGGAAACUAUGUACAGAAAAAAAUCACUGUGAAAAUAUUUUACGUGUAUGGUGAGAAGAGUAAUCUGUAAAAAUUGUAAAAGGAAAUGUGCAGGGAUACAGCGUACUAUAUGUUCAGGUUUGGGUAUAUAUUAACCUCUGACAGCUUCUUGUCUUAUACACGUCACAGUUAACAAGGACAUCAGCUGGCGUUAUGAAUAUGAUGAGCGUGUUUGCCUGCAGGUCAGCGGUUUAUUGUCAUUCUGCUCUGUUAGAUCUGAACACACAAUGGGCUCAAUGCUAGAAUAAAACCAAUACUCAGCCAUUCACCGGCUCACAUUUAUUCAACAACACUGCGCAACCUUCACUGAAAAUAAAAUUGGUGUUAGAAACCGUUUUCGCUCAGAAACUCAUAAGAAAUUUCACAAUUACAAAGAAGCGUUGAAUUUAAAUGUGAAUAGCAGAAAGAUUGAUAUUGCAUUUUCUUGUAAAACUUACUCUGGUCUGAAACUAUAAAUAAUCGUCAUCAAAAAGCUCAAAAGGAGUUUUUUUUUUUUUUUUAGUCAUCAAGACUCAUGGAGUCAGUUUGUUCGUUUUGUUUGUUUAUUGAACUCUGGUACAGUAAUACAGCGGUGGAGACACAUACUGGGACAGUUUAUAUGAUAACGUUGUUCAGUGGCCAAGCAAUACAAAAGCUUUCUGUCAUAACGUAUAUAUAUUUCCCCCAGGAGAAUCAAAAGAACAAGAAAUAAGACAAAACCUCCGUUUUCCACAGAGAGGCGAAGAGUAAUAGUGAACAUUUGUGCAGCACAGACGCUUUCUGCCAUCAGGAUCAAAGGAACCACAGCUUACAAUCGAGAAGAAACAAACUAUAUAAAGGGAAAAAAAUAAUACAAGAUCGCAAAGUCACUUCUACGGGGUUGUUUCAUUCAUUGGCCGAUAUCAAACAUAGAAAAAUAAAAUCUACAGGAUUAUGUGACAUUCUUUACACAACAUAAAACUUUACACACAAUUCAUCUUGAAUAUAGACCUAAUUUCUUAGCUGGUCGUAUUAAAAGUUCUGUAUGAAACUACUUUGUGUGUAAAAAUAGAGUCUCUAAUGCUCUACUGUGUUUAAUACCAAGUCUUGAAUAUAAAACAGCUUGCUCUUGGUCUGUAAUGCCCAUGAUGCUUAUUCACUGAACUAAAACCCAGGGUUAAUUUUUUUUUUUUUUACAAAGCUAUUUAUAUAAAAUUGGAUUGUCUGAAUUAUGCGUUGAGUUCAUUUGUAUUGUAAGGCCUCACGGCUCUAGAAAAGGCACGAUAAAGAGAUUCUAAAGAUCUGUACAAAAGCAUUCAGUGGCACAAAAUAUGAUUAAAAACCAGUAAAUAACAAAAACAAACAUUUCAUGAAAUGAAAAAAAAUAAUAAUAAAUCUAUUCACAGUUUAAGCUUUUGGUGAGCUAAUUAUUUAUAAAAAAUUGCUAAAUUGCUCUGCUAAAUCAGUGACCAGUAUUAAAAUCUAAAACUAAAGAUUUUAUUUAAAAAGUUGUUUAAAAAAAAAAAAAAAAAAAAAAGUCAGGUCCCAAAUUUGCCACAGUACAGUUUCACAGUUGAACUUAUAUAAUCUAUAUAUUAGAAUUCAUUCUUCACAAGUGCUGGUAAAAAUGGCCAUCACAGUUCGUGAUGUAUUGCUUUUGAUUCAGGACAUUUUGAUUGUCAUUUAAGAUUCAUACAAUGUGAUUUAUUGGACUCAGUGAGGUUUCAAUGAGAAACGGGGAUGGUAAGUCAACAAAUAAAUCAGACAGUAUUAAAAACCUACUGUUUGUGUGUCAGAAAAUGUCACUACUAUAGUAAACAUGAUUUGUUUUCACACUUGUGUCCUCAUUAUUUUAAUCACUCUUUUAACUGUGAGUAUGUUUACUCUAACUUUUGUUUUUAAUGAAAAGGAAUGUCUCAUAAAUAUAUAUAAAUAUGCCAAUGAAAAGAAAAGGUUGAAAUAAAUACACCAGAAGAGUAAGAUCCAAAAAUAAUAAAAACUAAUAAAAAAAAAAAAAAAAAA